ACUCUCUCAAUUUUGCUUGGGGUACCCAAAUCUUGCAUUCAAUCGUUCUUGACUUCCCGGCAUAUUCCGCGAAACCAGUAUAUUCUUGGCGCGUAGUGCACAAAGUCAUUGUGUUAUCAGUAGAUUUACAAGAACAAUAACAACAACAUAAAGCGAAGUUUUUAAAAAUAUUAUUUAAAUAUUAAGAAUGCACAAAAUACAAAUAUAUUUGCUUCUUAUCGGCGCACUCGGCAGCGCUUGGAAGAAUGUAUUGGACGCAACGAGGAUCCUACAAUUCGAUUGUGCUACCGAAGAUUACCAUUGGCAAUGCCAAAAUGGUGAAUGCAUCUCAAUAAAUGUGCUCUGUGAUGGCAUCAAGCACUGCCCCGAUGGUUCCGAUGAGACCAGAAGAUCUUGCGAAAAUGCAAUAUGUACACCGUUGUCAUUUCGUUGUGAUUACGGUGCGUGUAUACCGUUGAUACAGCUUUGUGAUGGUGUAGUCGAUUGUGCAGAUUCGUCAGAUGAGGGCAGCGAGAUGUGCCAAAAACGGCGCGAGGAGAUAUCAGUUGACGAAAGUAGUGAGCAAAUAAAUGAAAGGAAUUGCGUUGGCUGGGGUCAACUUAAGUGCUGGUCUGGCCAAUGCGUUAGUGUGCAUGCCAAAUGUAAUGGCAUACGUGAUUGCCAAGAUGGCAGCGAUGAGUGGGAGCGCCUUUGCGCAAAUAUCAAAUGUAAUAGACGCAAACAAUUUCAGUGUAAUUAUGGCGCUUGCAUAAGUCUGAGUGCCAAGUGCAAUGGUACAGCAGAGUGUUGGGAUGAGAGUGAUGAGACGUUAGCAGAAUGUGUACAGAAGGUGAAAGGCAAGAGUGAUAGCGAUGUUAGUAGAGAGAAACUAAAGACACACCCAACAACUCUAAUUACAACUACUCAAGGUUCGGUGCAAAUGUUCACCACACAAACAAAUGCAAUGCCUAUUUCAACUACAACAAUACUCGAUAAUGUCAAGCCCAACAAUGAAAACGAUGGUAGCGAAACACACGAGCGAGACGAAACGGAACUUGCCACUCAUAGUCAAAGUGAUAAUAAGAAACCAAUAAGUGGAAUAUAUCUAAGCGAUGUAAUUACUUCAUCACAACUUGGACAUGGCCUAGGUUGCCGCAUAUUUAAGCAUUGGCAAAGCUCAUCAUCCCGAUACUGCAAUGAUAAAUGGAUUGAAAAAAGUGAUUGCUGCACUUUAUAUGGAAAAACCAUUCCAUGCAUUCGUAUACUACCGAAUACGAUUGUGCAAAAAGAAUGCCGUUCUUCUGGUUCACGUCACAAAUGCAGUAAAGAACUAAAAUGGAUAGAAGAAACAUAUUAGCAAUAAUUAUUUAAAUUAAUUAAAAUGUAAAGGGUCUUUUAAAAGUGACGCCUAGAUGUCUGUAGUGAAUAGGUGCUAGAAGGUACCAGUUUUUAUGUCAUCUCUGACAUUUUUCAAGUAGACAGAUGUAGAAUUUGGCACGAUACAUAGAAUAGCAAGUUAAAAUUAAUAAAUCUUAUUUAUGAAAAUGGUCGAUCUUUUCGAAUUAGUCGUCAACUCAAAGGUCGGCGAAAAACUUUCAAGCAACUGACAUUUCGAGUAUAGCAAAAGGACUUUCAGACCGAAACUGGACUUUAUGUCGGGAAUAUUGCAGCUGUAGCGCAGAAUGCUGCUGAUCCACCUUCAACAUCGAUAUCUCAACGUUCUCAAUAAUUCAAUCGCAAUGCAUUCAUGAAUCGACUGUUCGACUGCUUGGCAAAUUGUAUCUGCUUGGCAAAUAGCAUCAUGAGCGCGUCUAUCAUGAUGCUAUUUUUCACACUUAAUUCUUAAGAGCCGUUUUUUUUUUAACUUUGAAUAAAAAUAGUGA